GUUUGUUUUUUUGUUCCAAAAAAAGCAAACGUGUUAAAAAAAGUGGCCGUAUGCGUAAGUUUCAUACAUAAUGAGUACGUCUUGUUGGAAACGAUUAGGUGGAUAUUUUGCGGAUAAUCUUUUAUGUUUUACUCAAGAUAAUCGUUAUGUUUGUUUGCCUUGUGGUUCUUCUAUUUUGAUCAUUGAUACGGAAACAGGACAAAAGUUAACUGCAUUGGAAGGAGAAGAAUUUCAUGAUGCAGCUCUUAUUCUUUGUGUCGAACCACUUGAUUCAACGUGUUAUAAGAAUCAUUUUGUUUCUUUAGAUAAUGAAAGUCGAGUUUGUGUUUGGGAAUUCCACGAUUUGAAUGAAGCAUCUUCGUUCUUUUUUAAAGUUCAUGGUCGCUUUUCCAUCAACAAUUUAAUUCUUCAACAGACUCCUCAUGUUUUAUUUAAUUCGUUAACGAUUCAAAAUAUUUUCUCUAGUCAAUGUCACUUUAAAGAAACAAGUUUGGAAACAUUAACAAUUAUUCUGUUUCAUUCAUGUCAUUCUUGUUCUACACUGAAAAGUCAAAAGCAAUCUUUUUCUUAUGAAGACAAAAACUGUGAAGUUGUGAAUCUUUCAGAGGAAGAUGUGAAUGGAAAUGAUCAUCAUGGAAGUACCUGUGUUGAAUGCCAAAAAAACUUGAUUGAAAUUGUGGAGAUAUCUUUAUGUGAUGUUUUUAAUUAUUUUGAUGGGAAAUCUGGUUGUAAAUUAAAUGUUACUUGUUUAUUUUAUUGUACGCCUAAACAGUCGCUUUCCAAAAAAAAUAUAACAAGACGGUCUGUAUUGAAAACCUGCGUAUCCCCUUUUUUUAUAGCUCUAGUAAAAGAUUAUACACUUUGUGUGUAUAAUAGACAAACACAGAAUGUGUAUUAUAUUCUUCAUAACAAUACAUUUUCUUCUUUAACAUUAGAUCAAUCAGGUCAUUAUCUUGUCACGGGAGAUACAUCAGGAAAUGUCAUUUGGUGGCAUAUUUUUUGUUUACGUCCCAAUUUCGAGUUAACAACACAUUUACCGGGCACAACAGAAUCGUUACAAACACGGUUUACUGUUCAUUCUUAUACACAUACGUCAACUUAUGAUGUGUCGUUACAUAUGUUAACACAACAGUCUGUAACGACUACACCGCAAACUGCCUCUUCUUUCUUACCUGUUGAAAUUUUUGAUAUACCUGUGUCUGUGCAACAUUGGCAUUCUCAUGCUGUUCAUGCUUUAACAUUUACAUCCAAUAAUCUUUAUUUAGUGUCUGCGGGUGAAGAAGGUGUUUUAGUUUAUUGGCAUGUACAUCAAUCGUCUCGUUAUUUUAUGCCACGUUUUGGUGCACCUAUUCAUACAUUAGCAUGUGCUUCAAAUCGCAUUGCUUUAACAUUAGCGGAUAAUUCAUUGCGUCUUGUUGAUACACUAACAUUCACUCUACAAAGCGCUUAUUUUGGUCUUUUCACUCCAUUAUCGUUAUUGUUGGGCGGUUCCUUACUUCCUGUCUCAAUAAGAACAAGAAAAUGUGAUUGCAUUCCUAUGACCUUCCAAUUUUACUCACCAUCAUCUCCUCAUCUUGCUCUUAUUCUUGGUUCCGGUGUCACAUCUGACGGUUUGGGAGCUAAUUCUAAAAUACAGUGCUAUGAUUUUGAAUCGAAUCAAUGCUUGGGAUUUUGUAAUGUCAAUCAACAAAAUUAUAUUUCUAGAACAGAUACCACUAUCAAAAAAUUUCAGUGGACUCUUCAAAAUGCUUGUAUGGCUCCUUCAGGAUUAUAUUUAGCAACAGUCGAAUUUCGAAAAUCCAUGUUUCCUACUGAAUACGAUUGUUUGAAAAACACAAAACCUGCAAUACAUGGAUCUGUAAGCUUUUCACAAGGCGGUCAAAUGUCACAACUUGAUAGACAAAUAAGACCCUCAACACAAGCAAGGGAAACGUGUUUAACAAGAAGCCAUGAAGACUACUUAGACAAUCAUAGCCAUUGGAGUGGCCCCACACAUUCCUCCGGUAAACAUUAUUUAUUAAAGUUUUGGAGUAUUGCUCCUUUGGAAUGUGGAACGGGUAUUUCAAGUUCUACUUUACUGUCGGAAAUAAACUUUCCUCAUUCUCAUGAUAUUACUAAAAUUUUGACUAAGAAAUCCAUGAAAUCUUUUGAAGGAACGAUUUUGUUUGAUUUCAUAACAUGUAGUCUUGAUGGACUCUGGAAGGUGUGGAGUAUAAAAAAAUCAACUGAAACCAGUCCAAAGUAUUCUUUACAACAUUCUGGUCAUUUUCGAACGUUACCUUGUCUUUCGGCAGCUUUGUGUCAAGAUGAAUCCAUAUUAUGCAUUAUUCAUUUCAAUUGUAUUUCUAUAUGGGAUGCGACCCAUUACACACUUGGAAGGGUCCUUGGUCUGCCUCGCAGUCAUACAAAAUUUUCUAUUCCUCAACUGACGAGUCUUGCAUGGUUAGAAUGUUCGUUCCAACCUUCCUUAGAAACACUUCAAGGUGACUUACUACUAAUUGCCAAAACAUCCUGCACUUUAUUAUUAUGGGAUUUUCAAUCCAUUUCCUGCCCACUACUUAAAUGGAGUAUGCCCUUACCGAAGGAGCAUUGCACGAGUAUCUUACUUCACAAUCAAUGGGAAUGCCCAUUAUUUGGUUUGUAUUGUUCCCUUGAUGCCUCUCUAAUUAUGUAUCAAGUCGUACGACACGGAACCAAUCGCAUUGAAUGUCAAGUGAAACAUAAAUUAAAUCUUUCUUGUUUCACGCCCAUCUUAUUGAAUGUUAGCUUAUGUGGAAGUGUGUUAAAACCAACUAUUGGAAUUCUGGACACUAAUUUCACUUAUAAUGUCUACGAUUUAAAACCAUUCUUUCAAAAGUCCCUUUCGUCCAAUGGCGAAUCGUUACCGUUCCGGGAUAACCUUAACAUGAUGGAAUGCACUGUGAGUCGUUCUUCGCUCUUGAAGGAAACAGAGCAAGAUGAAAGAAUGGAAGCGAACACUCAAAAAAGUCGUUUAUUCAGUGAAACAACUAUUUUGUCUUCUUUUCUUCAAAAGUGUCAACCAACUACUAUAGCGCAAACAAAUAUUUCACGUUAUGUCUCCUUUAUUGUUAAUCAAAAAGCUCUUGGAACGACCAUGUCACAUCUUGCAGGAACUCCCUCUCUUUUCUUUAACCGUAUGGUUCAUUUAUAUACAGAAAAACAGGUCCCCACGCUUCAUUCUGAAGAUAACAUUUAAUUGAAUGUUUCCAACCAAUUUUUUUUUAAAGUUCUUUGAAAGGAACAAUUUUAAAUUACUAUGAUUUAAAAGAAAAGGUUUUCUACAUAAAAUUUAUUGAAAACAAAAUAUGUUAUAAACAAA